AUGAGUAGACCGUACGAUUAUCGCGGGUCUGGUGUCCCAAAUCACCAUAUCCGUGCGGAUCCUCGACAACUUCGACCUGCCGCUCAAUCGAUGUCUCAACCGCAGUCGCAAGCGCAGUCGCAGUCGCAAGCGCAAUCGCAACCCCGCCAUCCUCAUCCGGCAUAUCGACAACCACCAGCACCACCACGCAUGAUGCAGAAUACAGCUCCUCCUGCGAUGUACAACAAUCACACCCCGCGUGUGAUGGAGCAACGGCAGCAGCAGCAGCAGCAUUAUUACCAACCACAAUCGAGGUCCGGCUGGGACAGGUCACAAGAGACGUACGACAAUGGCUAUGGUCACGGCUGCGGCUACGGCUACGGCUAUGACUACGACUAUGAUGAUGGAAGUGGGUACGGUCCAUAUGGAUAUCAAGGAUACCAUGGGUACGAACAAGAGUACUGGGAUCCGUACGGACAAGACCAAUACGCUCAGCACGAGCAACACGAGCAAUGGCCACUUCCGGAACCGAUGCCCGCUCACACAACCAACGACAGCAGUCCACGUCGACCGCCGAGGAGACCGUCACGGCCGGAUGAUGCACGCACAUUGGAAAACCAGAAGCCAAAGGUUGAACCAUCUCAACCUAUACCACAUUUCGAACAGCCUCGUCCAGCACCACAAACUCCGGCCACGAAUCGCGACCAUCCUCCUCAAGAUUCGCACCACGGCAAGGGACAAUGGACGGAAGAUGGGUACAGCUACGAUCCACCCGCUCCACCUCCCUCUCGUCCUCCACCACAAGCUAUGUCCAGCCCGUCUGCAUCUCCUGCUCCGCCGCCUACAUGGGAACCACCACGUCAAGUAGUCUACGGCCAGGCGAACCAACGUCCACCUCUCGGCCCGCCUCCAUCCGCACGCAGAGCGCCUGCUCCUUUCUACCCCGAGACCGGCCCAGUCUAUCCAAUCGUGGAAGAGUCCGAGAGCAUGCGCGGGAGUGUACGCACGGGAAGUAGUCUGCACAAUGGGAGCAGUGAGCACAUGAGCAAAGUGUCGUAUGCCAGCAGUAACGCGAUUCCUAUUGGGAUCCCGCAGUUCUAUCUCGACGGCGAAGCGCCUCCGCGGAUGGGGCGUCCAGAUCUUGCAUCAUCUUCGGAGAAUUCUCUGGUGGAGGCUCCGAAGCAGGCUUUUCCUGAGCCAAAGGCACCGCCAACGACGAGGCCUACACGAGAUGAACCACCGCGAAGACCUCAAGAUGAUGCACGCCCGCGACCUUCUCGAGAUGAUGCAACUCCACGACCUGCUCGAGAUGAUGCAACGCCACGACCGUCACGAGGCGAUGCACCUCGCCGGCCAUCCCGAGAUGAUGCACCGCGACGACCUUCCCGAGACGACAUUCCACGCAGACCUGCUCGAGAAGAUGAGCCACGUCAAGAAGUAGGCACCGCUCGAAAGACUAGCAUCGACAAGAGGAGCAGACCUGUCCUGACAGACGUCAGGAGCUCUGACAAGCUUCGAAGCGCCAGCGGCGAAAUGCAAAGACCGCAUCGCCGUACCGAGUCUGGGCGAGAGCUUGCAGACAUUCAACGCUCUCGCGCCAUUGCACAACAGCAACUCGAAGGACAACCCGUUGCCGGAGCAGAAGACGUACCCACCGAAGAGGUCGUCAAAACUGAACCCCAUGCCAUCACAGCUUCACCUCCAGACGAGGAACCGAUCCCUCUAACUCGCAUGUCGUCCACCGCUCCUCCUCAUCCGACAUCACCACCCGCCAAAGACACAGAAAUCGACCCACGAAUUACCUCCAUCCUCCGCUCCUUUUCCAACGCCGGCGCCCGAUCCCCACCGCCUCAACCUCCUCCAACCCCACCCGAAGCCGACCUCAAAACUCCCACACCGGGCUACUCCUCCCUCUCCGACCGCCGCAACACCAAAUCCCGACCUCCCAACCUCGACGUCGAAGCCGUCCACAAGGCCGAAGCUCGCGGCUCGCUCUCCUCCCUCCCCGAAUUGAUUCGUCGUGCGACACGACUGGCUAGUAACCUCGACCGCGGUAAGACGGCGAGUCGCCUGGGAAUCGGAUGGAUGCUGGAUCCGGCGAAUGGCGGUGGUGGCGCGUAUGCCGUGGGCGACUUGAAGGAUGAGAAAACUUCGGAUGUGAAACGGCCGACGAGUUUGGGGGAUAAAUUGAAGCGAUUUUCGAGGUUUUCGAAUUGGGAUGGUUUGGCGGGUGGGGAGGAGGGGGAGAGUGGUGAGGAUAAUGGGACGGGGCAUGGGGUUGAUGGGAGUCGGAGUGCGAGGAGUCGGGGGAGGGGAAGGGGGAGGAUUUGUGGGAUGCCGAUGUGGGUUUUUGUGGUGUUGUUGUUGUUGCUUGUUGUGCUGGUUGCUGCGGCGGUGGUGGUGCCGAUUAUGUUGAUUGUUGUUAGGCCUGGGGAGACGACGGCGGGGUGA